UGGGCCAAGGGAGGCGGGCUCUGUUUCCAGGCACCAAAGCUCAGAUCCUGCGCAUUGCUGGGAGCCACCUCACCUAGAUAGAGCGGCUUGCUUUAGGAUUCCUACUGGCUGCAGUCUGCACUGGAACUAUCCUUGAAGACCCUCGAGCCACGCAAUGCUGUUGCCUAAACUUUCGAACCUGGUACUAUCGAGCAAAACAGAAUAGAGGAACAUCAGUCAAAACAAGAUGGAGGCAGUGUCCUUUGAGGAUGUAGCUGUGAAUUUUACCACAGAGGAGUGGGCUUUGUUGGACCCAUCCCAAAAGAAGCUCUACAGAGAUGUGAUGUGUGAAACCUUGAGGAAUGUGGCUGCUCUAGAAAGAACCUGGGAUGAUGAAGAAAUUGAAGACGAGUACAAAAAUUGGAGAAGAAAUCUAAGCAGUGAAGAAGUAGAAAAUUGCUGUGAAUAUGAAUUGUGGUAUCAACAUGGAGAAAUGGUUUCCUGGACAACAGAUACCAAUAUGAACCUGAGAACAGCUAGUAUAACACCAGAUGAAAGCCUUUGUUCUAGAGAGCCCUUGAUUGCUGAUUCAUCACCAAAUGUGCCCAUCAUAGCUUAUACUGGAUUCAACUCAUAUAAGUACCAGGAAUUUGAAGAGAAGCUCUCUAACUCUAACAAACAUGGGAGAACCUGCACUGACUUUCAGUCCUCUCAGAAACAUGCAAAUGCAAAUCCUGAAGAGACAUACCAUGACUAUAUGCAUUAUGAAAAUUUGUACUCUGAUUGCACAGAAGAAACUAACACAGAAGAGAAGCCCUUUGAAUAUGAGCAAAAUGUGAAAGCCCUCAGUACACCUACCUAUGUUCCAAUCUGGGAAAGCAAUCACAGUGGAAUGAACACCUAUAUAUGCACAGAAUGUGGAAAAGUUUUUACUUCUCACUAUUUGAUGCAGAUACAUGAAAGAGCUCACAUGGGCAAAAACCUCUCUGUAUGUAAACACUGUGGGAAGACCUUCACUAAUAGCACUUCAUUUAGUAAUCAUCAAAAAACUCACACUGGGGGAAAACCCUUUGUUUGUAAGCAAUGUGGGAGACCUUUCAGGACACACAGCGAUUGUCAAAGACAUGAACGAACUCACACUGGGGUGAAACCCUAUGAGUGUAAAUAUUGUGGAAGAGCUUUUGGUACGCGCAGUAAUUGUCAAAUACAUGAAAGAAUUCACACUGGGGAGAAACCCUAUAUAUGUAAGCUAUGUGGAAAAGCAUUCAGCAGGCACAGUAAUUGUCAAAUACAUGAAAGAACUCAUAUUGGGGAGAAACCCUAUGUCUGUAAUCAGUGCGGGAAAGCUUUCAGCACACACAGUGAUUGUCAAAGACAUGAAAGAGUUCACACUGAGGAGAAACCAUAUGUAUGUAAGCAAUGUGGGAAAGCUUUCAAGACACACAGUGAUUGUCAAAGACAUGAAACUACUCACACUGGGGAAAAACCCUAUGUAUGUAAGCAAUGUGGGAAAGCAUUCAGCAGGCAAGGUAAUUGUCAAAUACAUGAACGAACUCACACUGGGGAGAAACCCUAUGUAUGUAAGCAAUGUGGAAAAGCAUUCAGCAGACACAGUGCUUGUCAAAUACAUGAAAGAACUCACACUGGGGAAAAACCCUAUGUAUGUAAGCAAUGUGGGAAAAGUUUUAGCAGACAAAGUCAUUGUCAAAUACAUGAAAGAACUCACCUUGGAGAAAAACCCUACGAAUGUAGGCAUUGUGGGAAAGCUUUUGGCACACACAGUCAUUGUCGAAUACAUGAAAGAACUCACACUGGGGAGAAACCCUAUGUAUGUAAUCAGUGUGGGAAAGCUUUUAGCACACAUAGUAAUCGUCAAGUUCAUGAAAGAACUCACACUGGGGAGAAACCCUACUUAUGUAACCUAUGUGGAAAAGCUUUCAGCACACAGAGUAGUUGUCGAAAACAUGAAAGGACGCACAGUAAGGUUAAACCCUAUAUAUGUAAGCAUUGUGGGAAAGGUUUCACAACAAAGAGAUAUUGCCGAAUACAUGAAAACUCACACAGGGUAGAAGUGAUUUGUAUGUAAGUAAUAUGAGAAAACACUCAGCAAACCCUGCAAUUGUGAAAGCCAUAGAGGAACACACUACAAAGAAACCAAAUCUAUGCAAACAAUGUGGGAUAGCUUUCAGCACACACAAUGUCAAAGAUACGAAAAGAUUUCACUGGAGAUUAAACCCUAUGUAUUGUAAGCAAUAGGGAAACUUUCAAUAUAUACUGAUAUUGUGAGACAUGAAUUAUAAAGUAUAGAUGCUAUGUAUUUAAGCAAUAUGAGAAAGUAUUGCUUAAAUAUUAUACUGGUAAUAUCAAAGACUUUUAAAACGAAGCAGAAGUGAAUUUUGAGUAUGUGAAGUGAUGUGCACUGACCUGAAAACAGAGGAGAGAAAUCCUUUCGAUGUAAGCAAUAUAAAAAUUAACCCUAACCAUAACUUCAAUAACUUCUCAGGCCAGGCUUCUUUUUUCACUCUAUCAUGAUUUCACUGGCUCUUGCUGAAUGACUGAGAGUUCUGCUCCACUAUACCUGAGCCUUCAGUUACGGGAAUAGUAUUCCUUACAUGUCUUUGUUUUCUUUGCCAUACCUUCUCAAGAAUAGCAUAGAGUUUUACAUCAUAAAUAAGGGUAUUUUAUCACUUAGCAGUUUGCAUGUCUGUGUUUUCUUUCUCUGAGUUUCUAGUCUGUACUCUUCCUGAUGUCCAGCAUGCAGUCAGACCACUGCUUUCUGGUCGUCUGGUUUCCUAUUUGCAGCUCUUCUGCUUUGUUUACUAUGCUGAACUGUAGAAUGUGAGGAAGCAUACCUGACUCUAGUGUCUUUCCACAUAGUAAUAAUGUAUUGUUUAAAUUGUAUUUCCAAAAGAGUUUUUGGUGAGACUUAACAAUAAUAACAAUAUAAAUAUCCUAGGAACACUCCAACUUUUUUUAACUUGGUCUUGGACAGUGAUUGACAGUACCCAGUGAAAUCCUAUAUGACUUAUUCUUGUCUUCCCCUUGAUUCCACUAUCACUUCCUUUGCUCUUUUUCCUAACUGUACCAUAUGUCAUUUUCUCUAUUCAGUGUUCUUUCAGUUUUGAACACUUGAAUGUUGGAUUGGUGGCUACUGUAGAAAUUGUUCAGAAGGGCAUUGUCUGUGGUUUUUUGUAUCACAAUUGCCCAUGUCUGAGUCAGGACAAAGAUUUCCUCACCCAUUUUAGUGAUCACAUGGUUGAAGUUUUUUUCAAGUUUAUUUUUUAUAGAUGUAAAAAUGAUCACCUUAGGCUGGCGAUUUAGCUCAGUGGCAUAAGUGCCUGCCUUGCAAGCACAUGGUCAUGAGUUCAAUCCCCGGUACUGAUUAAAAAAAAAAAAAAAUGAUCACCUUUGUCUCUAGAAACAGCCACACAAAACCACAUUUUCUGGACCUUGGAUUAAAGCCACUGCUCUGUAGACUGGUUCUCCAGAUGGCUUGAAGUGUGUUAUUUCAUCAUUUAUUCUGUCAUAAGUCUAUUUCGUCCUAGACUUUCCACCAUUCUAUUUUCUUUGGCUAGUUCCUCAACCAAGAUUAUAAACUUUGUUUAUAUUUGGUGUUUUUCCUUGAAUUAUGCAUGUUUUAUUCAUUAUUCUUAUGUGUUCAUUGAUUUUUAACUCUAUUGUAUACUGUAGAGUAAAAAGUUUAAAUUUUCUUCUCUUUUACCUCUUCUUUACAUAGACUUAAAUUUCUCCUAAUUCUAAUGACUUCAGGAUUUUCUUUGGGGGAAACAGUUUUUUUCACAUCCAAAUGAUAUUUCACUGAGUUCUCCAAGUAUUCAAGUUCAUCUUUCCCAUUUCGAGAUGUAACUUUCUUACACAUGGAAUAUGAUAAGUGCAUGUCUCAAUGUAUGUAAUUGUUUGAUCCUGCCUCCUGUAUUAAACAGAAGGUGUUCUCUACCAUUGUGUACAGUAAUAACACAACAUGAAUUCAUAUUCUAUUCAUAGGUGAGCCCACAAAAUCUCUCUACUUAUAGAUUGUGAAUCUUUUUUCUAUAUAUUAAGCAAUGUGUUACCUUGUUUACUGGUUGUUGAACAUUGUAAAACAUCUGUUAUAUUGAACAGUUAGAAUUUUUGCCUAAUCAAAAAUGAGAUUUGGAUGUGACAAAAGUAUUUCUAUAUUUUUUCCUUUUGUUAAUAGUUGUUAAUGCAAACAGUAUUGCUGUUCAUUACAUUUAUAUUUUGAUCAUAUCCAGUGCCCUAUUUCUUUCCCUAUGCCAUCUUAGAAAAUUUUUCUCUGUGACAGGUGACCAUUUUUUGUCCUUGAGCUGUAAGACAAUAAAUCUUUCUUGAUCUAAUUUAAUUAUUCUUAGGCAUUCUCUAACACUUUUUAUUGACAGUUUAAAUUGUCAUUCAUUAAUUUCCCCUACUGCUAUUUAAGAUUUUUCUAUGAAACCAGGUUCAGAUUUCAAAAUACUGUUUAAAUGCAGUUUGAGAAGGCAAUAAUCAAUUCCCUAAAUCAUAAGUUGAGAAAAGACAUUUUCUAUGACCUGGCAGAGCAAUUCGUUAGGUAUAUUUCUACUUGAGUUUUUUACUUGGAUGCCGAUCCUGUACUAGGAUGCCCCUACCAACCAUGAUAUAUAGAUAGUGUACAUAGAAAAAUGAUGUUAACCAGUAGGAGAUCCAGCAGGUUCCAUUCUGCUGUUGCUUUAUCAGUGAAUUCUAAGCUAACAUCAAAUUCCUGUGAGAGAUGUAUGUUUGAUAACCAAGACAAAAGUAACGAUUGGAGAACUGAACCUUAUUUCAGCUCAUCCUGGCAUAUUUGAGAUGUUUAAUGUGAGUCUUAGUCUUCGCAGAUAUAUAUGCCUGCUGCUUUAGGAGGCAGUGACCUGGGGGGAUGUGGCUGUGAACUUCACCAUGGAGGAGUGGGCUUCAUUUGAUUCAUCUCAAAAUGAGUUCUAAAGAAAUGUGAUAUGGGAAACCUUUAGGAAUGUAAUGUCUAUAGGGAAGAAAGAGUCUUUUUUUUUUUUCCACUUAUGUGAUUGGGAACAUUAGUUGUUGCUUAUCAGUGCAGUUUCCUUAAGCGAAAUAUGCAAACAUUUUAAUGACUCUUCCAUGCAUGUUCACAUUGUACCUUGAAUCUAAGUGGAACCUCUUAAUUUUUAUGUAACAUAGUAAUUCAUUAUAUUUCUGUUUCUAUACCUAGAAAGAAACUAGGAUGAUGGCCAAAUUUGAGUAUAAAAACAAUGCAGGAGAUAUCUAAGAUAAUGUGAAGUCACAAGAAAAAGAAUGUUGAGUCAGUAUGUGAACAGAAGCCUUAAAACCAAACAGGCUAUCCAAACUAGGCCAUAUUCAGAUUUCUUUGAUCUUGCAAAAUUGAUCUGAAGAUGCAACCAUGUUGAGCCUGUACAUCCUGAAAUCUAAUAUUUGAAAUAUUUCAACAUUUACAAUUUAGGAAGUGCUAAUAUUUGGCACACGUGACAUCUGAUAUAUCAGAAUAAUAUUUUCUAAAUUCAAGUUGUAAAAAUGUAUGAAAUUUUAUUUAGACAUUGAGUAAAUGUGUAUAUAAUAAAAAAUACUUUAUCUCAGGAGCUACAUUAAGGGUUUGUAGUUGUAUAAACAUGUGAGUACUUUCUGGAGAAUACUUUCAUACCAAAUAAUUUAUGUAAGGAGUGCUAGAUAUAUUUAAAUGUGAUGCAGUUGUAUGUCCUCAACUUACAGAUGUGUUCCAUUCCAGGAGAAUGUUGGUAAAUUGGAAUCCUUUCAAAGUCCAACAAAAUGAAUCUUGCACAUCAUUGACAUAAAUAUAAAAUGUAAAGUAUGAAAAAACCAAACAUGAAUGUACAUUAAGUCCCUCAUACUACUAUACUAUUGUACACUGUCAUACUGCAGACUAAGCACAGAGCAGUACAACUGUAAAAACAUCCUACAGGCAUGUGAGCUACUUCUGUGGUUUGUUCACAUCUCUGAAUGUUCAUAAUGCAAGGUCCUUUUGUACCUCUGAAAACACACAGCUCAAAUGUUCAUAAAUAGGGGGCUUAAUACACACAUUCAGUAUUUGCAAAAUUGCUAGCCUUGUGGAAGUAUUCAAAAUCCAAAUGAAUGUUACUGUUUUGGUAAUAGCUGUAUUCAAAUAAUCCACGAAAGCUUUCUAUUCAUUCAUGAUCCAAAAUAUUAGAAUACAUCUUUCUCUACUGUUGGUGUAAAUAUCAUUUUGACAUAGCAUCUAUGGAUAUGUGUAUAGAAUUUCCUCAAAAAAUUCAUCUUAUCAGCUAUACUUGUGGCUAAAUAUUCUGCAACUUUAAAGUAACUGUUUUAUACAUACUUGAAUACCUAUGUUUGUAGCAGCAAAACUUACAAUAGCUAAGCUCUGGAAACAGGAUAGAUACCCAUUCACUGAUAAGCAGCUUAAAAAAAUAUGGGAUAUACUAGCCACGAUGGUAUGUGUUUGGAAACCCAGCACUCUGGGAAGCUGAGACAGGAUAUUGACACAUUCAUGUUCACUCUAGGCAACCUAAUAAUUGACUCAAUUUCAAAGUAAAAAGUAAACAAGGCCGACACUGUAGUUGACUGCUGAAUCUGUUCAGUCUCCAGCACUGAAAAACUGUUGAGUAAAUAUAAUAGAAUUAAGUGAUGAAGAAAUGACGUCAUUUGCCAAAAAAUGAAUAGUGUGACUCCAUGACAUGAAAAUUUUGUUAAACACAAAAAUUUUAAUAACAUAUCAUAUUAUGUAAAAAACACCCAAAAUAUGAACAGAGAGGUAAAAUAAAGGAGAGAUGGUCAAGAAGAAAGAGACAGACAUUAUGCAGUGAUUGAAGAGUUUCAGUCAAGGGACUGGGAGGUAGACUCAUGAGCGAAGUGUAUCAAAAAUAAACAUGUAUUAACUCCUCAAAAUACAAGUGCUAUGUUUUGUAAACAUCCAUUAUAAAUACUCACAUGAAAACUACUGCUUUGAUAAAUGGUGCUUCCAAACCAUUUUCCAGUGAACAGUAAAUUAAUGAUGUAAUAUUUUUAGGAAACAUCAAACCAGAUCUCCUCCUGGUAAAUCAGCGCUGCAAAGACACUGUUAACUGUGAUUUGUUUUGUUUUGUUUUGUUUUUAUAGAAGUGAAAGGUAGAGAAAUGCUGUUGAUAAUAAAAUAUGAUAUUGACAUGGGAAAAACAA